CUUAUGUGUGAAUUGGGAAAUGAUGUUAUAAAUAGAAUUUAUGAAGCCAAGUUGGAGAAAGUGGGAGUAAAGAAGCCACAACAUGGAAGCCAAAGGCAGGAGAAGGAGGCAUACAUCAGAGCAAAAUACGUGGAAAGAAAGUUUGUGGACAAGCAGCCUGCAUCAGUAUCUCUGCUUGAAUCUGGAACAAAAGUUUUGCCUCAAAGUAAAGAAGAGAAAAGGCACAGUGGCCCUGAAAAAUCCCUUUUGGCAGGGGAACAGGUUGUGGCAUCCCAAAAAGUGCAAAGCAGUGACAGUGGGAUCCAGCAGAGUGUUGAUGACAGCAGAGAACACCUUGCCUCUACUAUAUCAGCCAACAGCUUGUAUGAACCAGAAGGAGACAAGCAAGAGUCUUCUGUGCUCUGUGACUCCAAACAGCCUAGUCCAGGAUUGCAGCUGUAUCAAGCUGCCUUUGAGAAGAAUCUUCCUGAUAUGGCAGAAGCAUUGGCUCAUGGAGCUGAAGUAAACUGGGUCAAUGUAGAAGAAAACAAAGCAACACCACUCAUUCAGGCAGUGCGAGGGGGUUCAUUGGUUACUUGUGAAUUUUUGCUGCAGAAUGGGGCCAAUGUGAACAUCAGGGACAUGAAGGGAAGGGGACCUCUGCACCACGCCACAGUUCUAGGACACACUGGACAAGUGUGUUUAUUCCUAAAACGAGGAGCAAACCAGCAUGCCACUGAUGAAGAUGGGAAGGAUCCAUUGAGUAUAGCAGUAGAAGCUGCAAAUGCAGAUAUUGUAACAUUGUUGCGUUUAGCAAGGAUGAAUGAAGAAAUGCGUGAAUCAGAAGGACUCUAUGGACAGCCAGGAGAUGAAAUUUAUCAGGACAUUUUCCGUGACUUUUCUCAAAUGGCAUCAAAUAAUCCAGAGAAGCUAAACCGUUUCCAGCAGUCAGAUUCCCAGAAGUCUUAAGUGUCAAGAAGAAAAAGAACCUGAUCCUUGUAGUGCAAGUCUUUUUUUUUUUACUUUAACAGAAUGAAUUAUAUGUGUUGUGUUAGAUAGUUUGGAUAAAACGGCCACUCCAUUGUAGCUUUAGAUUGUGGUAGCUGGGGGAAAGUAUGAGUUGUUUUAUGUUCUACAGUAUGUAUACCUCAGCAGCCGAAGAAAAUGUUUAUAAAAAGGAGUAUCUGCUAGCUCAGUAUAAAAACAGUACCUGUUAGCCAGUACAAAGUUUGUCUGUGAUUCGUACCAUAAGGUAGCAGAGCAAAGCUGUGUGCAUUGCAGACUGG